AUGUCAGAGCCAUCGCUGGACGCGCAGAAGAUCCGUAACAAAAGACUGGCGAAGUUGCAACAAUCGCAGCCGCCGACCUCGCAAGAAUCCCCCGCCUCGAGUCAAGAGAGCUCACACCCCAACGACCCUGAUGAAGACGGUGCAGGCCAAACAACUUCUGCCCAGAAUGGCCCGGGAUCAACCCCUUCAGUCUAUCCAGCUACUCCUCAAGAAAGUGCCCCAGCGACGCCCUCGCGGACAGGGUCGCCGAUGCCAUCGACCAGCGACCUCUCCAAAGUCCCUUCACAUUCAGCUUCAGGCACUGACUCGCCCGUGCCGGCUGCCGAUAUCUCCCACGCCUCCUCACCCGCACCUUCGACCCGGAUAACGAUCACUCCAGCCGAUGCAACUACUCAAAAGGAAUCGAUCAACGUGGAGCGUCCUAGUUCAAGGCAGACUGAGACCAUCGAACAGUGGGAGGAUCGCACGUUGCGAAACAUCUUCCGCCUCAGUUUUGAUACUGGCCAAACCAAAGACAUGCAUAACCAGACCCUCUACCCUCUUCCCCAAUUAAAGGAAGAGCUGGAGACCGAUGACAGCCCUUUGCUGUUGAAUACGGACUUGCUUGAGCAAGCCAUCAUGGAGGCUGGUGCAAAUCUGGGGAAGAUUAGUCCUCAUGACUGGCUCUUCGGAUGUUGGAAGAGAAUUACAAGAUUGAGCAAAGCCGUCAAGGAUCGGUCGCCUGAGAAUAAGAAAUGGAGCAUUGUAUCAGAAGCCAGAAGGCUGUGCAUGAAUUGGUGUCUGCUGUCUGUCACAAAUCCUGAUAUUUUCGGCGCAGACUAUGACGGGGUCUCCGCGCUGGCAGAUCACCUUCUAUUUGACCCAGAUGAGGACCGAGGAGUGUGUCACGAUUUCCUCACGGAGAUUGUAACGCGGAUUGAGGACGACGACGCCAUCAAGGAUGUUUUAGUCGGAGCUGUGGAGAGGCUCAGUCAACGACUUGCUAAGUUGACGAUGGAUAGCGACUAUCGACGAUACACCGCCAUGUUGCGACAUCUUACCAGGUACAAACCUUUGGCCGUUGCUAUUGCCCAGUCUCCAAUGUUCGUGGACAAGUCUGUACCGGCUGCACAGCUCGAGACAGCCACGCUACUUGGCCCAUACUUUCAGAUCUCACCUCUACAAGCCGAAGUUACCAAACAAUACUUCUCCGGGCCAAAGACAAUGGAUCCCGGACGAAUAAGGAGUGCUCAACAAUCUCUGCAAAUGGCUUUGCGGGCCCACCAGACUGAACUUUUUGACAUUGUCAACACUCUGGUGCGCUCAUCGCCCGAGGCGAGAGAGCAGGUUUUAGAUUGGUUCGCCUUCGUGGUGAACUCGAACCACAAACGACGAGCCAUGCGCAUCGACAAGACAACAGUGUCAAGUGAUGGAUUUAUGAUCAACGUCAAUACCUGCCUGGAUCAAUUAUGUGAGCCUUUUCUAGAUGCGCAAUUUUCAAAAAUCGACCGUGUCGACAUCGACUAUCUACGACGACAUCCGCGAGUCGACAUCAAAGACGAAACUAAGAUCAAUGCGGACCAAGACCAUUCCGAUGCUUAUUACGAGAAUAGGCCUGAAGGAACGAAUAAUUUCAUCUCUGAGUUGUUCUUCCUCACGGUCGCUGCUCACCACUAUGGCAGUGAGGCUGCCCGCAAUAUGUUGAAGGACAUGGAUCGGGAACUCAAACACAUGGCCAAGCAGAUUGAACAAUUCGAGACUGAGCGACACAAAUACGUCAACCACCCAAUGCAACUGCAGAUGUUCGAAAAUGCACUUAAGAAGUACAAAGACCAACAUGACAAAGGGCUGUCCUACAAAUACGCCGUUCAGGGGGUUCUGCUAGACGAGAUCACUCAAACCCGGUCAAUGCAGUUCAUGCGAUUUGUGACCGUCUGGCUACUCCGACAAGUAUCUCCCCAUCGCCAAUUUCCCAAGGAGAAAUUGACACUCCCUCUACCUGCCGAGCAGCCUGAGGCUUUCAAGAAUCUCCCAGAGUAUUUCUUGGACGUCAUCAGCGGUAACUUCGGCUUCAUCAUGUACAAUAUGCCGCAAGUCAUCUCGUCCACGCAGUCAGACGAGCUGAUUAUGCUUUGCGUCACCUUUCUACGAAAUUCAGAAUACAUCAAGAACCCAUAUCUGAAGGCCUCUUUGGUCACCAUCUUAUUCCGAGGGACAUGGUCAUGGCGCCAAGGAGGUAGGGGAAUCCUGGCAGACCAGUACAACAGCCUACCCUUUGCAACUCAGUAUCUUCUGCAUUCCUUGAUGAGGUUCUUCAUCGAAGCGGAGUUUAUGGGCGGCCAUGGCCAAUUUUUUGACAAGUUCAAUGUUCGGUUUGAGAUCUUCCAGAUCAUCAAAUGUGUUUGGCCGAAUCCGGUUUACAGGGAAAAUCUUCUCAACGAGGCAAAAGUCAACAUGGAGUUUUUCGUUAGAUUUGUGAAUUUGUUGCUGAACGAUGUGACCUUUGUCCUCGAUGAGUCAUUCACGGCGUUCCACACAAUUUACGACAUAACGAAGGAACUUUCUCUCGCCGGCACCACACUCGACGAACAGCAACGACAGGAAAAAGAAGAAUCCCUGGAGGCAGCCAAAGGAAGAGCAAAGUCAUACAUGCAGUUGACCAACGUAACAGUCGACAUGUUGAAAUUGUUCACCGAGGCUCUAGCAGAUGCCUUCACCAUGCCGGAAAUCGUUCAGCGAUUGGCAGACAUGCUGGAUUACAACCUUGAUGCCAUGGUUGGCACGAAAAGCUCGUCUCUCAAAGUGGGAAAUCUGCAGGAAUACAACUUCAACCCGAGGUCGCUUCUCAGCGAGAUCGUCGACGUGUACCUGAAUUUAAGCGACAAGGAGAAUUUCAUCCUCGCCGUUGCUCGUGAUGGAAGAUCUUACAAGCCGGACAACUUUGUCGCUGCAGGGAACGUUCUCCGCAAAUUCGUAUUGAAGUCUCCCGAGGAGCUGGCCAGAUGGAACCAGCUCAUCGAGAAGAUCGCCAAGGUCAAAGAAGAGGAUGACGCUGCAGAUGCAGACCUGGGCGAGAUUCCAGAAGAGUUCCUCGACCCCUUGAUGUACACACUGAUGGAAGAUCCGGUGCGGUUGCCUGUGAGCAAGAUCGUAAUCGAUCGAAGUACCAUCCGCAGCCACUUGUUGAGUGACCCCCACGAUCCAUUCAAUCGGAUGCCCCUUAAGAUCGAAGACGUCAUUCCUGCUACCGACGUCAAGGAGGCGAUUGAAAAGUUCAGGGAGGAGAAGAUCGGCAGCCGACGCAAGGAUUUCGUGGAAACGGUUAGGAUCGAAGCGGUUGGCAAUGCUGACGGUGAGCCCAUGGACCUCAGUCCUUGA